UCUUCCUCAGAAAAUGAGAGAGAAGGCACAGAAAAACAAGAACAAAGUUUUGAGUUGGGAAAAAUAGACUAUAUGGAACUCAGGAAGACAUUACAUGAGCAGUCUAGGAGGAAAAUGUCCAAAUAAAAAGUGGGAAACACCUGAAAGUCAGUGGGAAGAAAAAGGUGCAGAUGGCCAAAAUAGGCAGCUAUUAAUGAAAGCCUUUGACGAAGGAAAGAGUGGCUUGAAUCAAAAAAACUUAACGUAAGAGAUCAGAAAUAUUUCUGGCCUUUUUGAAAAUUCAAGAAUAUCAGUGUUGGAAAAACCCCAGAGAUUGCCUAUUGUGAGAAAAAUACAGAUUGUAAAUCACAUCUGAUUAUGUGCAACAUGAUUCACCCAGUGAAAAGCCAUGCAAAUGUUUAGAGUGCAGUAAAAACUUUACUCGGAAAACCUUCUUCAUAAUUCAUGGAAGGACCCAUACAGAAGAGAAACUCUACUAGUGCUCCCCAUCUGACAAAAGAUUAAGCAUGAACACCAAUGUAGUGAGACACAAUAGGGUUCACACUGGGGAGAAACUUUUUGAAUGUCCUGAUUGUGGGAAAAGCUUCUCUCAGAAUUCUGACCUGGUGAUACAUCAGAGGACUCACAUGGGAGACAAACGAUAUGAAUGUCUGGAUUGUGGAAAAAGUUUCAAGGAGAAUUUCAAGCUCAUGAUACAUCGGAGGAUUCACACAGGAGAAAAACCGUAUGAGUGCCCAGAUUGUGGGAAAGGUUUCAAUUGGAAUUCCGAGUUGGAAGUACACCAGAGGACUCACACUGGAGAGAAACCUUAUGAAUGUCCUGAUUGUGGGAAGGGUUUCUCUCGGAAAUCAAACCUGGUAAAACAUCAGAAAACACAUACAGAAGAAAAACCAUUUAAAUGUAGUGAUUGUGGGAAAAGUUUCAGUCAUAAUUCAUACCUGGUGAUACAUCAGAGGACCCACACGGGAGAGAAACCAUAUACAUGUGUGGAUUGUGGGAAACAUUUCACUCGGAAUUCUGAUAUGGUAAAACAUCAGAAGACACAUACAGAGGAGAAACCGUAUAAAUGUGAUUGUGGGAAAAGUUUCAGUCAGAAUUCCUACCUGGUGAAACACCAGAGGACUCACACGGGAGAGAAACCAUAUGAGUGUCUAUAUUGUGACAAGCGUUUCACUCGGAAUUCUGACAGGGUGAUACACCAGAGGACUCACACAAGAGAGAAGCCAUAUAAGUGUGCUGAUUGUGGGAAAUAUUUUGCUCGGAAUUCUGACAUGGUGAAACAUCAGAAGACACAUACAGAAGAGAAACCAUAUAAAUGUUGUGAUUGUGGGAAAAGUUUUAGUCAGAAUUCCUACCUGGUGAAACACCAGAGGACUCACAUGGGAGAGAAACCAUAUAAGUGUGCAGAUUGUGAGGAAAGCUUCCAUCGGAAUUCUCAUCUGGUGGUACACCAGAGAAUUCACACGGGGGACAAACUGUAUCAAUGUCCGGAUUGUGGUAAAAGUUUCACUCGGAAUUCUAACCUGGUGAUACACCAGUUGACUCACACAGGAGAAAAAUUAUAUGAAUGUCUGUUUUGUGGGAAAGGUUUCUUUCGGAAUUCCAAUUUGGUGAUUCACCAGAGGACUCACACGGGAGAGAAACCCUAUGAGUGUCCUGAUUGUGGAAAAACUUUCACUCAGACUUCUCACCUGGUGAGACACCAGAAAACUCACGUGGGAGAAAAACCCUAUGAGUGCCUGGAUUGUGGUAAAAAAUUCAUUUGGAAUUUUCACUUGGUGAUACACCAGAAGACUCACACAGGAAAGAAAUUGAAUGAGUGUCCAGAGUGUGGGAAAAAUUUCAGUUGCAAGUCUGAACUGAUAAGACACCAAAAAACUCACAGAGAAAAGAGACGAUAUGAGUGUCUGGAUUGUGGGAAAAGUUUCACUCAGAAUUCCAAGCUGGUGAUACACCAGAGGAGUCACACAGGAGAAAAACCAUAUGAGUGUCUCGAGUGUGGGAAAUGCUUCUGUCGGAAUUAUGACUUAGUGAUACAUCGAAGGACUCACACAGGAGAGAAACCAUAUGAGUGUCCAGAUUGUGGGAAAGAUUUCAGUACUAGGACUAGCCUUCUAAAUCAUGUUAGGACUCAUACUGAAGAGAAAUUCUAUCAGUGUGCCCCAUGUGGCAAAAAAGUUAACAUGCAAAUCAAUCUGGUGAGACACCAGAGGACUCACACAGGAGAGAAACCCUUUAAAUGUCCUGACUGUGGGAAAAAUUUUAGUCAAAAAUCCAACCUGGUGAUACAUCAGAAAAACCACACAGGAGAGAAACCAUAUGAAUGUCCAGAUUGUGGGAAAAAAUUCCAGCAUAAUUCCAAGUUGGUGAUACACCAGAGGACACAUACGGGAGAGAAACCAUAUCAGUGUCUGUAUUGUGGGAAACAUUUCAGUCAGAAUUGCAACUUGGUAAAACACCAGAGAACUCAUACAGGAGAAAAACCUUAUGAGUGUGUGGAUUGUGGGAAAAGUUUCAAACAGAAUUCCAACCGGCUUGUACACCAGAGAACUCACGCAGGAGAGAAACCCUUUGAAUGUCCUGAUUGUGGGAAAAGUUUCAGUUAUAAUUCCAACCUUCUGAAACACCAGAGGACUCACACAGGAGAUAAACCAUAUGAAUGUCCAGACUGUGAGAAAGAUUUCAGUUGGAACUCCGACUUGGUGAAACACCAGAAGACUCACACAGGAGAAAAGCCAUAUGAGUGCCUGGAUUGUGGGAAAAGUUUCAGUCGGAAUUCCCACCUGGUGGAACACCAGAGAAUUCACACAGGAGAGAAACCAUACGAAUGUCCUGAUUGUGGGAAAGGUUUCUCUCGCAAUUCCUAUCUUGUGGUACACCAGAGAAAUCAUACAGGAGAGAAAAUGUACGAGUGUCAAGUGUGUGGGAAAAAUUUCAGUUGGAAGUCUGAACUGGUGAAGCACCAGAAGACACACACAGGGGAGAAACCAUUUCAGUGUCUGGAUUGUGGUAAAAGUUUCAGUUGGAAUUCUGCUCUGAUGAUACACCAGAGGACUCACACAGGAGAAAAACCAUAUGAGUGUCUCGAAUGUGGGAAAAGUUUCAUUCGAAAUUUCGACCUGGUGAUACACCGGAGGAUUCACACAGGAGAGAAACUGUAUGAGUGUCCGGAUUGUGGGAAAAGUUUCAGUCAGAAUUCUCACCUGAUGUUACACCAGAGGACUCACACGGGAGAGAAACCAUAUGACUGUAUCUAUUGUGGGAAAAGUUUCAGUCAUAAUUCCAACCGGGUGAAACAUCAGAGGACUCACACAGGAGAAAAAACAUAUGAAUGUCUUGAGUGUGGGAAAAGUUUCAGUCAGAAUUCAUACCUGGUGAAGCAUCAGAGAAUUCACACAGGAGAGAAACCAUAUGAGUGUCUCGAGUGUGGGAAAUGUUUCUAUCGGAAUUACGACUUGGUGAUACACUGGAGGACUCACACAGGAGAAAAACCAUAUGAGUGUCCAGAUUGUGGGAAGGAUUUCAGUAUUAGGUCUAACCUUAUAAAUCAUGUUAGGUUACACACAGGGGAGAAACCAUUCAAAUGCCCAGAUUGUGAACAGUGUUUCACACGCAAUUCCUCUCUUAUCGCACACAAGAAAUUCCACAUGAGGGAAAAUUUGAUGUGUGUAGAGGAAUCUUGAACUUCGUUUCUCUUUUCUUAUUGGAAGCCCAGCUGAGAAAUUAAUAAUUUUAAUUUCUUGCAUGAUUCUUUUUAGUCAAACGUGUCUUAGUAUCAGACAUGAGGAGGGAAAUCUGAACUUCCUUUCUCUGGCCCGGGGUAGCGGUUCCCUUUCAUGGAGUUGAAGGGAACUGCUGUGCUGGGCCAGAGAAAGCGAGCUUGGACCUUUAUUAGGUGUGUUUGUCAUCUUGAGUUAUUUCUUCAUAUCAUAAAGGGGCAUAUAAAUAUGAAUGCAUGUAUGUUUAUUACGAAAAUCUAUAUGGCAGAGCAACUCAUGGUAACUCAACAGUUUACAGCUAUACAAUCGUAAUACAGAAACCAAUAAACCCCAUAUAUUGUAAAUUGCAAAGCAUUUAACAUUUACUUGCCCUGCAAAUAUAAGGCACAUCUAGCAAAGGUGAUGGCAUUUUUAUGGUUGUGAUGUCCCAGAAAGGUGUUUUUUGUUAUUGUUCAAUUUAGAAGUCAGCCAGGCCUCCUAGCCUUACUAACUGCGUUCAGGCCUGGUGGCAUUCUUGCCCAAAACUUAUCUUUCUCCUUCAAGGAGUUAAACUGGAGAAGUUAAUUUCCAGGUCUAUUCUGAUUUAAAUCUGGUAUUAUCCCCUCCACCAGUGCCCCAUUAGA